CGGACCUUCAAUUUCACUGGCAAAAAAAGUCUAUUCGAAAUUCAAGAUACGUCGUCGAUGACCACCGUUCGCGCCUUCACAGCCAUCGCAAUUGCCCAAUUCCCUCUGCCCAGAUAUCAAAAGAACAUAGAGAAAAAAGGCAGAUAGAGCAAUGACUUUUCUCUGUCUCCGAGCAACCCGCUCAAUACCAAUCAAAUGCCAAACCCAGCGCCAACUCCUCAACCGGAGUCUACCCAGACUCAUGCUCACGACACCGUCGCGCCGAGGAUUUAGCUCGUCGAGGCCAGCUAGCGUGGACGCGAUGCAGGUAUUCAACAGGGAGGUCAAGCGGAAACAGCGGGACCGGGCGGCUAUGAAUGCGGAGAACAGUCGGACGGUGGAUUAUUUGCGGAACGAGAUUGCUAAUCGGUUGAUUGAACGGAUGCUGUUGAUUGCGCGACGCCAUGAGGUAAUGGUAGACAUCGGCGCCGGCGCGGGAAGCGUCGAGCAAGCCAUCGUCGGGCCGCGCGAGGAUCCGAAGGACGACGGCGUGAUGCAGUCGCGAAUCGGGAGGAUAAUCAUGACCGAGAUGGCGAGCAAAUUGCUCUACCGAGACGCAGAUCCGGAGGCUUUCCCGUUCAACAAGCAGCUAGACAUCACGCGCCUGACUCUCGACGAGGAAAACCUGUUCACGCCCGAGCUUUUGCAGGCGAUCAAAAACACGCCGGGCAAGUUGGAGCCGUAUAGCGAUUACUUGUUUGAGAACUCUGUGAAUACGGUGGUGAGCAAUCUGUCGGUUCAUUGGGUGAAUGAUCUCCCCGGCUUGCUGCAGAGGAUAAAGUACAUGCUGGUGCCGGAUGGGAUGUUUAUCGCGAGUAUGAUGGGCGGAGACUCGUUGUUUGAACUGCGGACGUCGCUGCAGAUUGCGGAAAUGGACGUGUACAAUCGUGUUGCGCCGCGAUUGUCUCCAUUAGCAGACGUGCGCGACAUGGGCAACCUUCUCCAACAAGCUGGCUUCAAUCUGAUCACGAUCGACGUCGACGACGUGAUUGUUUCGUUCCCAGACAUGAUGUCGCUGAUGAAGGAUCUACGGGAUAUGGGCGAAAGCAACGCGGUCCUGAAUCGCCCGCAUUAUCUGCCGCGCGAUCUGAUUAAGGCGGCCGAGAAGGUGUAUAAGGAGAUGCAUGCGAACGAGGAUGGCUCGCUUCCUGCUACGUUUAGAAUUAUUUACAUGAUUGGAUGGAAACCGAGCGACAACCAGCCCAAACCGCUAGAGCGCGGCACGGCUGACGUCAGUUUCAAAGAUAUCCUGUAGAUCGUACAUAACUAGUUACCUCUUGUAUAUAAAAUAUAGACAAUUUGUAAAUAUCCCUACAGAAUUGUAAAAUAGCCUUGUAGAUGAUGAUGGGAGCG